AAGAUAGGAGAAGAGGAAUGAUUGUGGUAAAGAACAAGACUUUUGGUGGAGAAACGGUCGAGAUCACUGAUGACGAGGUCGGUGAAGAGAAAUCAAUUUCGUUUCGGUCUCUUCCUCUGUUUUUGACCCUUCAGUGUUUCCAAAAAUAGAGAGAGAGAGAGAGAGAGAGAGAGAGAGAGCUGAGGUGUCGCAGUCUCUAGAUAUAUAAAAGGAAUGAACGGGAAGGCCUCUGUUUCCAAGGAGCUAAACGCCAAACAUUCAAAGAUAUUGGAAGCACUUUUAAAGCAACCAGACAAUAGAGAAUGUGCAGAUUGUAGAUCAAAGGCACCAAGAUGGGCAAGUGUGAACCUUGGGAUAUUCAUAUGUAUGCAAUGCUCUGGUAUCCAUCGCAGCCUUGGUGUCCACAUCUCUCAGGUAAGGUCUAUAACUCUGGAUACAUGGCUUCCAGAUCAGGUUUCUUUCAUGCAAUCUACCGGUAAUGCUAAGGCAAAUCAAUACUGGGAAUCAGAGCUGCCUCUUCAUUUUGAGAGGAGUUCAAGCGACGCGUUUAUAAGAGCCAAAUACAAUGAGAAGAAGUGGGUGUCACCGGGAGGGAUUCAACCUUCUCCUAUAGCUAGCCAGCUAAGCUGCAAAGUUAGUCACUUGGUAGAGAGCGGUUAUAAGCCUGCAACUCCAAAGAAAGCAAGAACUCUUUCCCUUGAUGAAGACCUCUUUCUUAAGCAUGCUCUUCAAGUAACACCUCCAGAAACAAGAAUUCGAGCGGGUUCGGUAGAUAUGAAGGAGAAUGUAUAUGCUCUACCUCUACCAGUGGGGAUGGAAGCUAAGAAACCAAAUCAAAAGAAUGAGAUUUUCUCCCGGGAAAUGUAUCAGAAUAGAAGUACCACCACCAUAGCACCACCCUCCAGCUGGGCUACUUUCGACUGAUAAAAGAAUGAGAAGAUGGAGCUAUUAAUUAUGGUCAACAGGUUGGCAGAUAUGAAUUCAAAAGCCAACAAUAGAAGUUCUUCUAUUUUUUUUUCUAUGUAUCUACUUUUGGUUGGUUGCUUGUAACUAAAUCAUUUAAAUACAAUGGAAGAGAGACAUCUUCAUUACUUUGGACCGAAAGAAAAAGCAAUACAACUCACCCAUUUUGUAUUAUGA